AUGGACGGCGAAGGACGACAGGAAGGCGCAGGAGCGCAGGCGGAUGGAGGAAGCUCCUACGCGUCGGGGAGGGAACAGGGGUACACUUCAGUGUCCACUUACGACAGGCAAAUGGGUGCGGAGGCGUGCUCGACGGAUGAUUCCUUCGUUCCUUCUCUGGCCACGGUUCUUCACCACCUUGUUUCGAUCUCGCCGCCAGGCUUGGGGGAGAUCACGAGUUUCCACGCGAUCAAGGAGCCACAGAUUUCGAUCCACGACUACCUCGAUAGGAUCGCCAAGUACUUUGGGUGCAGCAACGAAUGCUUCGUCUUGUCUCUGGUGUACAUUGAUCGCAUUAUCAAGUUGCACCGAAACUUCAACGUUUCGAUUCUGAACAUUCACCGGCUGCUGAUCACCUCGGUCAUGUUGGCCGCGAAGUUCUUCGACGACGUGUAUUACAGCAACAAGCACUACGCGCGUGUCGGCGGCGUCCGGACGCGCGAGAUGAAUCUUCUGGAGACGCAGUUUCUCACUCUGAUCAACUACCACCUGUACGUGUCUCCGCAGGAGUACGACCAGUACCGACGAAACGUCCUCGCUGCGGUGCACUACGCUCGCCACUUGACGCCCAGCCCGCUCGCGUCGAAUCGUCUCUCUUCCUCUCAGUCUUCCACGUCCACCGCCUCCUCCAGCGUUUCUCAAGCCGCAAACGCUCUUGGCAACAACGGGGCUUGUGCGCCCUCCCAGGCGCUCACGAACGCCGAACGGGACCCGACGUCCGCGCUCUCGGAUUCAGGCGCGGGAGGUUCGGCCUCGGGUGCGUCUGCAUCUGUGGGCGAGAACCGAUCCGACUACUAUGCGUAUGGUGCAGAGACUGCGCGCGCGCCGCCUGCAAGUCGCGAGCGAAGUCUGCGCACGGAGUCGAGUGCGUCCUCCAGCGCGAGGUCGCGCGACGCGGGGUGUCUGGACUCCCGGUCCCAGCGCCGCUGGGCUUCCCAGGACGCGGAGAGCGAGCGCCGGAGUUCGACUGUGUGCGCAGCCGCGAGUUCAAGGGAUGCAGAGCUUGCCAACGACGCGGUGAGUGCGAGACGGCAGUCGCGUGGUAGCAGCUCUGCCGUGGGCACCCAGGACGUGGAGCACGAGAUGGAGGACGACGACGAGGACACAGAGUUCGCAGAAGAAGGCGUUGCGUACGGCGACGGGAACCAGGUGUGGGUUGACGACUUGAACGCGGAGGAAGAGCUGUACGGCGAAGCAGGAUGUGUGCAGGACUUCGCGGGAGCCCGGCCCGACGACGAGUGGGAGUGCGUCAACGGCUUGAUUGCGGCGGAGAAGAACGACGCGAACGAGACGCCGGUCGCGGAGUGCGGCCACCCGUCUGUGGGAUCGUAUGGAAACAGGUUCCACCCUUCGUCUCAGCCGUUUCGGGAGCGGGGAGAGGAGGGGGGAGACGUGGAGUCACACACAGGCAAGUACGGCUACUUCUGCGGCUCCGCACCAUCGACGAAAGUGUCGUUUUCGACUGCGUCUCUCGAAACUCUUGCGAGUCCCUCGGCUGCGAACGGCCGAGGUGCAGGCGGCUGCGGAGUUGGGAAGUCAGGGUCUUCGACGCCGUCUGUCGUUCGCACCGCUGAAACUCGCAGCGCCUCUGCGGGCCACCCUGCGUGUCGAGAAGGGAGCGGCGAGGCCACACAGGCCUCCCCCGCGGUCUUCUUCUCCCCCGCCCAGGCGACGGGCUGCUGUCGCCAGGACCAUGAAGCCGUGGAGCCCAACGCGGGACCGGCUCUCCAAGACAGGCUCCGAGUGGAGACGGCGGGACGCGACAGGGAAGAAGCCGCGACUCGCGAGGCUCGGCGCGUGACUGUCCAGACGCGGAGUUCGAGCGACCGGAGUCGCGACGGCGAAGAACGCGUCAUGGAAGUGCUGGAGGUCUGCUCCUCGCGGUUGGUCGGGUCGACGCAACCUGCCUGCACGCAGGCGACUUCAGCUGCAAGUGCAGCGGCCGUCGUGGUCCCGGGGACAAGUGCACCGGCGGCGUCUAAGGACCGGAUGCAGCACCCGGCUGAUGCGAGCGGCAGCGCGCGACGCGAAGGCGGAGCCGCGACAACGGCGUCGAGGCAGGCUUGCCUGACGCCCUCCGGAGACGGCACUUCCUCGGCAUCGACGGCCUCGGGCGCGAGCGGCGGAACUGCCCAGUCCAGCGUCUCUUCGUGUCUAACUCCUUCGCAGUCUGUCCACUCGUCCCCAGAUGUCUCCAUGGAGGAGGAGACAGCCGGGGGGCGUCUCAGCGCGACCGCGACACGAGCCACUCAGCCGGCGAGUCUGUCGACCGCGCCCCGCCUCGCCCGUUCGUUCGCCGCCGCCGCGCAUCCGCCGCCGGCCCGACCCUGCGGCCAGAAGACAGCCACAGAUGCAGGAGCUUCACAAGGAGACGUGGAAGAUGACGCAGCCGGAAAGGCGAAAAGGGCACCCGCAGAGGAGACUGGCGCGGACCAAGACAAAAGCGAGUUGGAGAGAGUGAAACCUCGCGACGGUGGACAUGUCCACUGGAUCGAGGCUUCCGACUUCGCGGGUGGCCGCGCCGAAUUCCUCGCCUUGGGCGGCGGGGCCGCGCCUCAUGGCAUCGCGUCCUGUCGGAAAGGCAGCGAGCACGAGGCUCCAACGACGAGCUUCAACGUAGGACUUUCGUCGCUGUCUGCUGGUCUUGCUCCAGCAGGCGCGAGCAGAGGGCUAUGCUUCUCCUUCGGUCCGUGCUCGUGA